GCCGAGCAGAAAGACGUAAGCGGGCUAACUAUAGCUGCGGGCGGCACGAGGGGCAUGUAACCUGUUCGGCUCCGGGCUGCGAGGUGCGUAAUCCCCGAGCCGACCUAUGGUGGAGCGGGUGCAGCCCGCACCGCCACAGGUGAUCCGAUUUCCUGUGACGGCAGCUCCAGCCAGCCGGACCAAUUCCACAAGCAUUCUUUUUUGAAAGUCCCUUUGGACUGGGUGCCACCUGGAGAAGGCAGGGGAGGGAAGAAGACCCUACCCCCGCCCCUUCAUAAAAGUCUUGCUUCUUCGUUUCUUGAAGACCAAAAUUUACAAAGUGACUCUUCGUUUUGGUUACCUCCUCUCCACCGGGCGACACCAAUGGGAGCCAUGGCGAACCCCUUACUCCUCUGCCUCCUGCUCGUUCAUUUGGGAUUGGGAGCUGUUGGCGCCAGCCGCGACCCCCCGGGACGGCCGGAUCCCCCUCGAGAGAGGACCCUGAGAGCCAAGCAGCUGGCUCGAGCCCCUGCCCCAGACCCCUCGGCUCCCUGGAGCCGCUCCACCGACGGCACCAUCUUAGCACAGAAACUCGCCGAGGAGGUGCCCACGGACGUGGCCUCUUACCUCUACACCGGGGACUCCCACCAGCUGAAGCGGACCAACUGCUCAGGCCGCUAUGAGUUAGCUGGCCUGCCGGCGGCGAAGUCGCCAGUCCUGGCCAGCUCCCAUCCCUCCUUGCACGGGGCGCUGGACACGCUGACACACGCCACCAACUUCCUCAAUAUGAUGCUGCAAAGCAAUAAGUCUCGGGAGCAGAACUUGCAGGAUGACAUGGAGUGGUACCAGGCGCUGGUGCGGAGUCUCCUGGAGGGCGAGCCCAGCAUCUCCCGGGCGGCCAUCACCUUCAGCACCGAGUCGCUAUCCGCGCCCGCCCCGCAGGUCUUCCUGCAGGCCACGCGCGAGGAGAGUCGCAUCCUGCUCCAGGACCUGUCCUCCUCGGCUCAUCACCUGGCCAACGCCACGCUGGAGACCGAGUGGUUCCACGGCCUUCGGCGCAAGUGGAGGCCCCACUUGCACCGCCGCGGCGGCGGCGGCUCCAACCAGGAGCCCCGGGGCCUGGGCCACAGCUGGAGGCGCAGGAACGGGCUCGUUGGGGACCGGAGCUAUGUCAAGUGGUCUCCGCCUUAUCUGGAGUGCGAGAACGGGAGUUACAAGCCCGGAUGGCUGGUGACACUCUCCGCUGCUUUCUAUGGGCUGCAGCCUAACCUGGUACCGGAAUUCAGGGGUGUCAUGAAAGUUGAUAUUAAUCUUCAGAAAGUGGACAUUGACCAAUGUUCCAGUGAUGGCUGGUUUCCAGGAACUCACAAAUGCCACCUCAACAACUCUGAGUGUAUGCCAAUUAAAGGCCUAGGAUUUGUGCUUGGAGCCUAUCAGUGCAUUUGCAAAGCAGGGUUCUACCAUCCUCGAGUCUUCUCGGUGAACAACUUUCAGAGACGGGGUCCAGAUCACCAUUUUUCAGAAAGUGCAAAAGAUGUGUCUGAAGAAGCCCACGUGUGCCUGCCUUGCAGAGAAGGCUGCCCCUACUGUGCUGAUGACAGCCCCUGCUUUGUCCAGGAGGAUAAGUAUUUGCGACUGGCUAUCAUCUCCUUCCAAGCCCUGUGCAUGCUGCUGGGCCUCGUUAGCAUGCUGGUGGUCUACCACUUCCGCAAAGCAAAGAGCAUCAGGGCAUCAGGCCUCAUUCUUUUGGAAACAAUACUUUUUGGGUCUCUGCUCCUAUAUUUUCCGGUUGUUAUUUUGUACUUUGAGCCAAGUACAUUCCGCUGUAUUCUCCUACGAUGGGUCCGUCUUCUCGGUUUUGCCACUGUUUACGGAACUGUGACUCUCAAACUUCACAGAGUUCUGAAGGUGUUUCUUUCACGAACAGCCCAAAGAAUCCCAUACAUGACAGGUGGUCGGGUCAUGAGGAUGCUCGCGGUAAUACUGUUGGUAGUGUUUUGGUUUCUUGUCGGCUGGACGUCAUCUGUGAGCCAAAACCUGGAGAGGCAGAUCUCACUUGUUGGCCAGGGUCAAACAUCUGAUCACCUCAUCUUCAACAUGUGCCUCCUUGACCGCUGGGACUACAUGACAGCAGUCGCUGAAUUUUUCUUCCUCGUGUGGGGUGUUUAUCUCUGCUAUGCAGUACGGACGGUCCCGUCAGCAUUCCAUGAGCCACGCUACAUGGCUGUCGCAGUUCACAAUGAGCUCAUUAUCUCUGCCAUAUUCCAUACAAUUAGAUUUGUUCUUGCCUCAAGACUUCAGUCUGAUUGGAUGUUGAUGCUAUACUUUGCACACACUCAUUUGACUGUGACAGUCACCAUCGGGUUGCUUUUGAUUCCAAAGUUUUCACAUUCAAGCAAUAAUCCCCGGGAUGACAUCGCUACAGAAGCAUACGAAGAUGAGCUAGACAUGGGCCGUUCUGGAUCCUACCUGAACAGCAGCAUAAACUCAGCCUGGAGUGAGCACAGCCUGGAUCCAGAGGACAUCAGGGAUGAGCUGAAGAAACUCUAUGCUCAGUUAGAAAUAUACAAAAGGAAGAAGAUGAUCACGAACAAUCCCCACCUCCAGAAAAAGCGGUGCUCUAAGAAGGGCUUGGGACGGUCCAUCAUGAGACGCAUCACUGAGAUUCCAGAGACAGUGAGCAGACAGUGUUCCAAAGAGGACAAGGAGGUCGCAGACCACUGCCCUGCUAAGGGCACAGCCCUGGUCAGAAAGAACCCACCAGAGUCCUCAGGGAAUACUACAAAGCCCAAGGAGGAGUCCUUGAAAAAUCGAGUCUUCUCUCUCAAGAAAUCUCACAGCACAUACGAUCAUGUGAGAGACCAAACAGAAGAGUCUGACAGCCUGCCAACGGAAAGCCAGGAGGAGGCCACAGAAAAUUCCACUCUGGAAUCACUUUCAAGUAAAAAGCUGACGCAAAAACUGAAAGAUGACAGUGAGGCCGAGUCCACGGAGUCAGUGCCUUUGGUGUGCAAGUCAGCCAGUGCUCACAACCUCAGCUCCGAGAAGAAGCCUGGGCACCCUCGCACAUCCAUGUUGCAAAAGUCCCUCAGUGUCAUAGCCAGUGCCAAGGAGAAGACGCUCGGGUUGGCUGGGAAAACCCAGGCCUCAGGUGUGGAAGAAUGUGGUAAGUCCCAGAAAUCUCUGCCAAAGGAUAAAGAGACAAACAGGAAGUACUCAACUUCAGAUAAUGCAGAAACUAAAGACUCUGCCCCGCAAAACUCCAAUCAUUUGGAAGAGCCAAGAAAGCAUCAGAAAUCUGGGAUAAUGAAACAACAGAGGGUCAACCUCCCCAUUGCUGUCUCUGACCUGAGCCCAGGCACCACACAGAUAAAGGAUAACUUUGACAUUGGGGAAGUGUGCCCUUGGGAGGUUUAUGACCUGACCUCUGGUCCUGUGCUUUCAGAAUCAAAAGUUCAAAAGCAUGUAUCCAUUGCUACUUCUGAAGUGGAGAAAAACCCAACAUUCUCCUUAAUGGAGAAGUCUCAUCACAAGCCUAAGGCAGCUGAAGGAUGUCAGCAAUCCAAUCACAAGAGCAUAGCUAAGGUGGAAGUGUGCCCUUGGGAAAACCAAGGUCAGUCUCUUUUUGAAGAUGGCAAUCAUUUGAUUUCCAAAACUCCAAUUCUCCCAGGGAGAGCCAAAGAUGAAAAUGGAAGUCAGCAUUAUGCAGCCCUUGUGUGUGCUGGGCAAUACCAAGAGCUGCCCCCCAAAGUCAUAGCACCAAAAGUAGAAAAUGAAAGCCUCAACCAAAUGGGAGACCAAGAAAAACAGACAUCUUCGCCUGUGGAAAGCAUGUCUGGCUCCUAUCACUCAAGUAAUAACUCCCAACGGCCAAUAACAUCACGAGCUGAAGUGUGUCCUUGGGAGUUCGAGACCCCAGACCAACCGAAUGCUGAAAGGAAUGGAGCUUUACCUGUCUCUUCUGCUUUAAGUGCAAAUAAGCUAGCAGGGCCUCGGAAAUAAGAGGUCCAGAACACGAACCAAGCGUAGAAUCUGCAGGAAGGAAAGGAGGAAAAUCCUCAAGUGUGAUAUAAAACAGAAGACCUGAGAAUCAAAACUUCCCAGGGAAUAUUUAUUUGUCCAUCAAGGGACAAUAGGGCAGACUGUGAAGGGAGGACAAAGAUGUGGGCUGGAGAAGGUCUGGAGGGCAGCUGCAGUUGGGAAACUUGGAAGUCACGUUAGGCCAAGGCCAUUCCCCACAGAAAUCUCCAGAAAAAUCUGAUGUCAUGUUUAAGGGAAAUCACUCUGAUCAGUUUCCACCAUGGACUUUGAAGAUCAUAAGUGAGACAGGAGACAUAGAAGAUGAAGGGAUGUUUUGGCAAAGAAAAGUCUAGGUAUAUAUGACUGAAAUUCCAAGCUGCUGACUGAAAAGAAACUUCUUACCCUAUUUAACCUUGAUAGCACUGCUAACUUAAUGCAUCCCCCCAAAAUAUCUUUUGUAUUCACGAUUGCUCUCGUUUACUUAAAAUGUAUGUUUCAGUACAUCAUUGUGUCUCCUAUUCAAGCAUUCCAGAUUGUAUAACUUUUGCAAAUAACUUUGAUAUUAUGUGACACAACACAUUUAUGCAACCCACAGCUGCUCAAUUGUUAUUGCAACUUACUGAAAACCUCUGUCUAUCAACUGUAGUUGAUUCUUGGAUAACAGUAAGCUUUCUCUGGUUUAGGACGCCGUUAAUGCUAUGAUACACUUUGAGUUUGGGCCAUGGUUUAUAUAGUGUGAAUUUGGAUUUCACUAUUAUUUCACAUCAUGCUUUGUUAAACUGUCUUGAUCAGGAUUGCAUAUAUAUGUGAUGUUGAGUUUCUUGUUUUGCAUUUCUUGUUAGGACUCAGAACUUUGUUAAUAUUGGAGAUUAUGUGGUCCUACUUAGUCAUAUGUCUCAGUUAGUUGAGGACAACUUAUCCAUUGUUUGUUCAAAGUCACAGCAAGGUCAUUCCAAUCAUUUGUCCCUUUUCACUCAUUCAGUAUUUCAUACUCAGCAGAAUUUCUUAAGAAAUAAGCUGAGUGAGAAACUCUACUGUGCAUGAACACCACAAAAAGGAAGGGUCUAGGAAUGACAUACGGGUUAGAGCACCACUGUGGGUCUAGACAAUUUGCCUUUAAAAUGUAGACAGAAAGGAAGCUCCUAUAGCACUUUCAAGGGAUUAUUUUUAUAAAGAGAAAAAUUAAUGAUGGUAUCAUGAUCAUUGUAUGGAUAUAUAUUUUAUUAUGCAUACUGAAAAUACAAUAUUUUUAAUUACCUUAAUCUAUUCUCAUACACUUUUAUCCAUUGCUUCACCUAGAACUUUCUGGGUCAAAUCCCAAAGAGGUUUUAUAACCUGAUUUAUUCAAAGCCCAUAUGGUGAUAUGGGUUCUUAAUUCUCUCAAGCUCGGGAAAACUUAUGAGUCCUGAAAAUUGUCAUUGUAGGCUGCCUAACUCAAAAUGCAAGGUGGAAGAUUUAUUUGCAAGGCAAAACAGCCCUCAAAGCAUGUCUUAUAAAACUUGUUGCAUUCCACACUGAUAUCCUCCCAGGAAAAUCCUAAACUGCUGACUUAGCCCUAACCAUGCGAUCUUAAAGUGAGAUUACAAAACUCAGUCUCGCUUUAAGACAAAUCACUUAAAAAUACAGCCCAGGCUUCCCUUUCCUAUCACUCCAAACACUGGAGUAUUAACCACUUACUGGGUCAUGACAUUUCCAAUCUGAAUAACUGUUUUUCAUUUUGUGAACAUAGAGAACACAAUAGGAGAAUAAAAGAUGGGAACAAAGACACCGGAAGACAGAUACAAAGUCUGUUGUUAUUAUUUUCAAUAGAGAAUAAAAACAGAGUUCUCUAAAUCCACCGUCAACAUUUUUUCCAUGGUUUCUUUUACUCAGGAGUCAGUGAGCACUUCGCCAUUUGUAUAAAGCCGUGCGUAGGUCUCCCUCACCCAUUGGCUUACUUUGUGCACUGCUCAGGUUGGUGGGUAGGCGUGAAGCACUAUAGAAUUUCCAUUUGUGACUGCUGCCUUUGUUUAUUUCUUUCACUACUGCCAAUCAAAGCCUCUCUACUUGAUGACCUUAGAAUGCCACAGUAAGGCAUAUUUGUGAAUUUGGUUUAGAGUUUCUACACCCACAUGCUUGUAUCACAUAGGCCUGAGAUCUGUUAACAUUGGAUUCACUUUUGAGAACUGAGCAGUCAAGUGUCUCUGUGACUUUUAUUGCAAUUCAGGUUGAGCUGUGAGAAAUGUGGCUUAAAGAAAAGUUGCCAAAUUAUACCUUAACAACAGUCUAAAGUCCAUAGAUUAUUCUCCACCAGCAUAAGUCAGUGAGAAUGCCUAGUAUCUAUCUUAAAGUUUCAUUGCCAUUACUAACCACCAAGAGAAGUUGAACUCUGCAAUUCUGGAGGCUCAUUUCCCCAGGUGAGAACUAUGAGAACAUGAACAGACACUGGUAAGGUCUCACAGACAUUUGCUGGGUUGUCCUUCUCAAUGCAUGUAUAGGCUGCAUUCUGUCCUUGUUUUAAGCCAGGGUUUAUAAAUAAGUAGAUUUAUAUCAGUCUUCAUAGAACUGUAUAUUUUAUGCAAGAAUUAAAUGCUUUACAACAUGAAUUAUAACUCAACCCAUUGUAAACUUUGGUGGUGGUAUGGAUUUGAAACGCGACAGUUCUCUUGUAUUUGCUUCCUAGGUAUCUGCAUGCAAGUGAGGACAGGUAGGACUGAAAACACUGCCUUUUGACUUCUAGCACUUAGCACCUGAGAGUUGUAGAGUCAACAAAGCUGUAAGUCUUCACUUAAUCUGUGGUUCUUCUGAAACUACUAUCUGAAAUUGACCGCAUCCCACCCUGAAAUAUUU